AUGGGUCGUAGUCGAGAUCGUUCGUAUUCAAGAUCACGUUCACGUUCACGUUCACGUUCAGGAUCACUCUCUUCAACUAGUUCAGGUCGAACAGCUAAAGCACGAAAUUGGAAUGGUGAAGGUGGUCAUCGUUUACAUCUAUCUGAUUUAGCGAUGGGUGUUAGUCGACGUGAAAUUGAAAAACUCUUUCGACCCUAUGGACCAUUGAAUGAAGUUUGGGUUGCUUCUAAUCCACCUUGUUUUGCAUUUAUUAAUUUUCGUCAUCGAGCUGAUGGUGAACGUGCAUUAAAAGAAGUUGAUGGAAAAGUUGUUGGUGGUUCACGAGUUGGUUUGAGUUGGGCUCGUCAGAGAAACUAUGGAGGACGACCACGCAAUGCCUUACUCUAUCGUUCACCAUCACCUCCAUAUCGUCGUGGUUAUCGUGAUUCAUACAGUAGUCGUCGUAGUGAUGAUCGAUAUAGUAAACGUCGUUAUUCUAGAAGUCGAUCACGUAGUCCAGGUUAUCGACGAUCAGGUAGAAAUACUCGACGACGAAGUUCAAGUUCACGAUCACGAUCGCCAUCACCAAGAGAUAAUCGUCGAGAAAAACGUACGAAAACUUCUGGGCGAGACGACGAACGCCAUAGUCGUCGUCGUCGUCAUCGUUCUGAAUCAAAAUCAGAUUCUCAUAGUAGUGAUCAUGGCUCACCAAAUGGCAAGAAUGAAAAACGAUUUUCACGUAGUCCAGUAACUGAAAAUCAUCAAGCAAAAUCAACAAAUGGUAAUAAUCAUCAUAGUGACAUAGAUGAUCAUCAUGUUGAUAUCGAAUUGAAUGAACGAAAUUAA